AUGUCGAGGAGACCCGGGAAUCCUGCCAGACGUUUGGGUGAUGGGGGAAGUCUUCCUUUUGUUGGUUCGAUGCAUUCUAAAUCACGUUCGUCGCCAUUACUAUCCAUUGGCCUUGUUGUUGUGGGUGCAAUCCUUCUUAUUGGAUAUUGUUACAGUGGCUCAGGUGGGCAUAUCAGCGAUAGAGAAGCUUUAAGUAAGACAGAAGGCAGUGUUUCUUGCACAGUAGAAGUCCAAAGAGCAAUACCUAUUCUGAAGAAGGCUUAUGGUGACAGCAUGCGUAAAGUAUUGCAUGUAGGCCCUGACACAUGCUCUGCAGUAUCAAGCUUAUUAAAAGAAGAGGAUACCGAGGCCUGGGGUGUGGAACCAUAUGACUUAGAUGAUGUGAGUGCCAACUGCAAGAGCCUUGUGCGCAAGGGUCUUGUGCGUGUGGCUGAUAUCAAAUUUCCUCUGCCCUACCGGCCAAAAUCAUUCUCUCUUGUUAUAGUGUCAGACGCAUUGGAUUACUUGUCUCCAAAAUACCUCAACAAAACUCUUCCAGAAUUGGCAAGGGUGUCUGCUGAUGGCAUAGUUGUAUUUUCUGGCUCUCCAGGUCAGCAAAGAGUUAAAGUUGCAGAGUUGUCUAAGUUUGGUCGUCCGGCCAAAUUUCGGAGCUCGUCCUGGUGGAUAAGGUACUUUGUUCAGACUGGUUUACAAGAGAAUGAAUCUGCCAUAAAGAAGUUUGAGCAGGCUUCAUUGAAGAAGUCAUAUAAGCCAGCCUGCCAAGUUUUCCACCUCCAGUCAUAUGAUUGA